GCCCGACGUGGUCAUGAGAUCUAGACCACGUUGGCUUCAAAUCUAGAGCCCGACGUGGUCAUGAGAUCUAAACCAUGUUGGCUUCAAAUCUAGAGCCCGACGUGGUCAUGAGAUCUAGACCACGUUGGCAUCAAAUCUAGAGCCCGACGUGGUCAUGAGAUAUAGACCACGUUGGCUUCAAAUCUAGAGCCCGGCGUGGUCAUGAGAUAUAGACCAUAUUGACUUCAAAUCUAGAGCCUGACGUGAUCAUGAGAUCUAGACCACGUUGGCGUCAAACUUAGAGCUCUACGUGGUCAUGAGAUCUAGAUCACGUUGGCGUCAAACUUAGAGCUCUAUGCGGCGCGAGAUCUAGGCCACAUCGUGAGACCAUGCCCAAGAUCCGAGCUAACAAGUUGGAAGUAAGAAGGCAAGUCAUGUGGGAGAGGCAAGUAACAAGACGACAGUUCCAGGAUGAAGAGCAGGCGGUUAACGGAGAAACUGCCGAGUAUCCCACGUGCAUUGACACGUCAGCCAUGUCCGAGAAAGAAGGAGAGCAGUUCCUUUUGGAAGUUACUCUAAGACAGUUUCUAUGACGGUUAUCAUCUCAAGGCCUAUAAAUAGGAGGAGGAGUUGACAGAGGAAAGGGGGCCAAAUUCACACCAGACAACAUAAUGUCAAAUUUUAUCCCUUUAUCCUUCCUCUGCAAUUUUAGUCGUAGUCGUAGAUCCGGAGCUCUCACUGAACCUCCAUAGGAGUAGGAGUAACUUAAUGUAGAUCUGUCUCGUGAGUCGUGUAAACAUCGAACACCCUCGUUCGAACCGUGUUUGAAGAGGUGUGAACUGUGUCUUAGUGAUCGUUGUCCAAAGAAGUCAAGGUGCAUUCAAUUCGUUUCAACGCAAGUUUUCUCGCCGGAGAACAGUAGAAAAAUAGUUUAAAUAACAAUUCGUAAUUACCGAUAACUACCCCAACUUAUUAAACCCCAAUCAAAUCCCCCAAGUACCCAUAAAUUCGUAAACAUUCAUAAACUAACAAAUAAGUCCCAAAUGCUAAAUAAAUAGAAAUGCAGUUUUCUAUCACAUGGCCUCCUCAUGGGGCAUUACAGUGUGGGGGAAUGGGAUUACCGUUGGUGGAAGAAGGCUGACUUGUGAUUUGGUUCGAUGAAAAUGACCCUAGCAGGAUGCAGUAGAGAAUGACGCAACAAAUUUGUUGAAAUUUUCCAGUCGGUUAUAUUGAUUGUGUACAUGGGGAGGAGUUACGGUGCUAAUUGUACAAUAGUUAGCACUGUCCUAACCAAGGGAAAAACUACUACUAGUUUGAAUUAGUAGUGAUUUAGCUUAGAUGUUGUAUUGAUUUUAUAAUAAUUCGUAGUGAUUUCGUUAUUUUUAGUAGCGUAUUUUGCUAGUUAUCACGGUGCUAACCCCUAUAAGAGUUAGCACCUAAUCCCAUCCCUGUACAUGGAUAUCGUUUAUGGUAGUAGAUGCAACUGCAUUAAUAUGGCUGAGCUUCCUCUUCACUCUAGCCCCAAUUGGCAGGCAUAAGGAUCACACAAAUGUCUAAAAUCUCCUUCUAGGAACUCUUAACCCCCUUCGAGUGUAUUUCCAUCUAGGAACUCUUAACCCCCUUCGAGUGUAUUUCCAUGGAGGUUGAUGUUACGAACCAAAAACAGAUUGUCUCAAGUAACUAGCAGUUUGGACAGAUAUGAGUUGGCAACCCAUGAUGCUAAAGAUCAAUAACUAGGUGUUGACAGUUAUCCGCGGCACUACCAAUUCACGUAAGGACAACCUGAAAAAGGGUGGGCAACAACUUCGAAGUUGAGUUUGAGGCGGCGUACAUGUUAAAUAUAUUAUCUAGAUGACCCAUUGUGUUUCCAUGUGUAGUGUCAAGCCCAUAGUUCAACAAGGCUGGAACCAAAUCAAUAGUUUCCUCAUGACAUUGAUAGAAUAGAGUAAACAAAAGAGGUAUAUGAUGCUUUUGAGUUUAGAUAAGAAUGGAAAUUAGUGGUUUUGAUACUGAACAUUGAGGUAAGUAGUGGUAGGUCAAGUGUCAAACUCUAGCAAGAGGAAAUCCUUUUACUAAUAAUGUAUAUACAUGAAAAAACGUAAUGUACAAAUCAAUGUCAAACUGUAAAGUUUUCCAUGUACGUUUUUUUCCAAGUUUCCAUCAUCAAAUGUAAGUUGCUACAUUUUGCAAGCGACAUAAGAUAGGAAACAAUAAUGACAUUCCAUUACCAGCCCUUUCCUAUCCUUAUUCUUAUAUGAAUGGUGAAUUUUGAAUUUUAAUUAGUCGAAUUGGUUUAAUACGAUGAUAAAAUAAAUGAUCAAAUCUAAUAAAUGCAUUAUGCUAAGCUCUAAACGUUCAAUUUUGGAUCCUAUACCUAAACCCCAAAUCAUAAACGCUAAACCAUAACCAUGAUUCCUCAACCGUAAAUCCUUCAAUCAUAUAACACGUUCGGAGAAUUUAGCCUUAAUCUCUAGAUUGUAAACAAUUCAAAGAUUCUAACUCUCCGGAUUUUUGAAAAUCAAUUUAAAUUUUAUUUUGUUUGAUAAUUAAAUGUGAGUUGUUAA